AUGCGACUGAAUCAGGAUUCAGAGGCCCUAAAGCUACUGGAACGUCUACAAUUAUACGAGGAACAACAAAACGACGGCGAUGAUGUACUAAUCACACGUCUAAAUCGAUAUGAAAGAGAGAUCAGGGCUCGUAAGGCUUCUGCGCAAAAGUAG